AACCCUGGGUUGGAGACUUUUAGCUCGUGUUGCACAAACAGAAAGAGCGAAAUAUCUAGCCCGAUGGGUUCGUGGAAAGCUUUUUUCUUCUCUCCUUUUCUUCUGCGGAGUCAAAGUAGAGGGGUGAGGCUGAUGUUCUUGUUACUGACCCUGCACUUGGGAAACUGUGUUGAUAAAGCAGAUGAUGAAGAUGAUGAGGAUUUAACUGCAAACAAAACUUGGGUCUUGGCACCAAAGAUUCACGAAGGAGACAUCACACAAAUUCUCAACUCAUUACUCCAAGGCUAUGACAAUAAACUUCGCCCAGAUAUAGGAGUGAGGCCAACAGUAAUUGAAACAGAUGUUUAUGUAAACAGCAUUGGACCAGUUGAUCCCAUAAACAUGGAAUACACAAUAGAUAUAAUUUUUGCCCAAACCUGGUUUGAUAGUCGUUUAAAAUUCAAUAGUACUAUGAAAGUGCUUAUGCUUAACAGCAAUAUGGUUGGGAAAAUUUGGAUUCCUGACACUUUCUUCAGAAACUCAAGAAAAUCUGAUGCUCAUUGGAUAACAACUCCUAAUCGUCUGCUUCGAAUUUGGAAUGAUGGACGAGUUCUAUAUACCCUAAGAUUGACAAUUAAUGCAGAAUGUUACCUUCAGCUUCAUAACUUUCCUAUGGAUGAACAUUCCUGUCCACUGGAAUUUUCAAGUUAUGGAUACCCUAAAAAUGAAAUUGAAUAUAAAUGGAAAAAGCCCUCUGUAGAAGUGGCCGAUCCUAAAUACUGGCGAUUAUAUCAAUUUGCAUUUGUAGGGUUACGGAACUCAACUGAAAUCUCUCACACAAUCUCUGGGGAUUAUAUUAUCAUGACAAUUUUUUUUGACUUGAGCAGACGGAUGGGAUAUUUUACUAUCCAGACGUACAUUCCAUGUAUUCUGACGGUUGUUCUUUCUUGGGUGUCUUUUUGGAUUAAUAAAGAUGCGGUACCUGCACGAACAUCACUGGGUAUCACUACAGUUCUGACUAUGACAACCCUGAGUACAAUAGCCAGGAAGUCUUUACCUAAAGUUUCCUAUGUGACAGCGAUGGAUCUCUUUGUUUCUGUUUGUUUUAUUUUUGUUUUUGCAGCCUUGAUGGAAUAUGGAACCUUACAUUAUUUUACCAGCAACAAAAAAGGAAAGACUACAAGAGACAGGAAGCUCAGAAACAAGGCCUCAGUGCCCUCUGGUCUCCAUCCUGGAUCCACCCUGAUUCCAAUGAGUAGCAUUUCUCUGCCACAAGGAGAAGAUGACUACGGUUAUCAGUGUCUGGAGGGCAAAGAUUGUGCCAGCUUCUUCUGUUGCUUUGAAGACUGCAGAACAGGAUCUUGGAGGGAAGGAAGGAUACACAUCCGCAUUGCCAAAAUUGACUCCUAUUCUCGAAUAUUUUUCCCAACAGCUUUUGCCCUGUUUAAUCUGGUGUAUUGGGUUGGCUAUCUUUACUUAUAAAUCAGAGUUACUAGGUGAUGGUUUUAAGAAGUUUAACUUAUCCAGUAAAAUCUAUUGUACCUCAGUAACAUGAAGUUUAAAAUGCAGAGAAACCAAUGGUUAAAAUGUGAAUAAUAUUGUAACUAUCUAAAAGUUUUCAAAGAUGAAUAAAUUAGCAGAUUUUACAUUGAUUUACUUAAGUUUAUAUGAACCAGAUUAGUUGCAAAGUAUAGUGUAUUAAAAUACUAUUAUAUAUUUUUACUUUGAUUUUUUAUUUUACUGAUAUUAGGAUUUUGGAUUUGUAAGUUCUGUCAUUCUAAUUUUAAAAUGGAAUAAUUUUAAUGCACCUUUUAUUUAAAUAUAAUCUAUC